UUUUUUUUUUUUUUUACUAGUUAGAUAAAAUUUAAUUUCGAUCGUGAAUUCGGGAAAUUUAUAUAUUGCUUAUAAAAUUGUAGCGAACAGAAUCAGAGUUGACUCAUGAAACCAAUUGCAAUGAAUUUCCCAAAAAGUUUCUGCGAACACUUCCGCGUACGUUCAAAAGCCUGGUCGACACAUCGAUCAAUGUCGAAAACGACAAACCUCGAGAUCUCAUUAGAUUGUUAGGUGAACUCCUCCAGAUUACCGAUUACGCCACGAAUAUGGCGUCCUUUUGGUUUUUGGAUACUCUGGCCUUUUAUAUGCUACGUUACAAAGAGGAACUCGACGAGUAUUACAUGGCUGUUCUGAUCAGUUGGUUGGCCGGUGAGAUUAAAUUGCUUCGAGAUAAGAAGUGUACAAGGAAAGAAUUUUUUCAAGAGAUGAAGAACAUUUUUAUCACAGUUGGUAACAAAAUAUCUCAACAGAAUCGAAUACCGUAUUGGGAGGAAAUUGCGUGUGAAAUGAAAGAAGAGAUAGAGGAGAAUGAAUCGAUGAAAAGUUUAGAAGAAUGCGUUUCGCAAGAGAAUACGAAAUUCUUAAGUAACAUCGAUCCCGUUUCAGUUUUGAAUAUCAUAAUUGAUACCACUUACGAUAUGUAUGCGAACGAAUUACGAUACGCUCUCGUUUACGCAGUUUUCGUUGAACCAAUUGAAGUGCAGACUUAUGAUUUGCCAUUUACUUUCCGACAUCCACGUCUGAUGAAACCGGUUGAGUAUAGGAUAACUCCUUUCAACAUACAAUUGCAAAAACUUCUAAGAAAAAACGAGCUGUUACAAAAGCUUAAAAAAGUUGACAAAAAUAAAAAAGCUAAAAUUCACGAAGUACCUCCAACCCCUCCACCUUCUUUGGAUGAUGAAAUGCAAUUGAAAUGCAAUCGUUUAUUCAUUCUACCAUUAAUAGAAUCAAACGAGGCAUCGUCCUAUUUUGAAACGAAUACAAACAACAUUAUUAACGCACAACAUUAAAUGAUCAAGAACAUAAAUGAUUAAAAAAUA